AUGUCCCGCGUGCCCGCCCGCCAAGGCUGGUGCCAAGGCCAACUCAACUGCCAAGGCUGGUGCCAGGGCCAAAUCAACUGCCUGGCUGGGGAAGUAGACGUCGUCCGCCGCCGCCUCCGCCGCCCGCGUGCCUCCGCCCCGCUCAGCAAAAAAUCAGCAUUAUAUCAGGAGGUGCCAACGCAGCAGCAUCUCCAUGAGGUGAGCGUCGUGCGUUUUGCCGCCGCGCGCCGCCGCUGCGCCGACUGGCUCCCGGUUCGAGUCGUCCUUCGCGGAGCGAACGCGGCGAUACGAGCGCACGUCGCGCGCGUGUGCGCCUGCGACAAGACGAGACGAGACGAGAAGGAGAAGAGCCAUGGCGGGGUGCGCUGUCGCUCCUCCACACCGUCUUUGCUCUACACUGCCUCUGUGUGCUGCGCGUGGGCAGCGUCGCCGCUGACGCUCCGCCGCAGUGGCUUCGAGCUUCGCCACUGGCCGUCAGCCGUGGUCGACUUUUACAACGACGACCUGAUCCGAUCGCAGUACUACCCGGAGACGGCAGAGCUGGUCCGAGCGGCCUGUGGCGCGGAGGACGUGUUUGUCUUUCAGCACAUGCGCCGCGACUCGAGCGCGCUUAACAAGGAGAGUGGCGAGGAGUGGUCUUACGAGAGCGGCGGCGCGCGCAACGCCGCCGAGGCAAAGGCGCACGGUGCGGUGCAGCGCGUGCACGCCGACUACACACCGGAGAACGGUCCUCGCAAGCUCCGUGAGCUGGCGGAGGCGGGCGUGGUGUCAGAGCGCGAGAUCGCGCACCGGCGCUGGUCGAUCGUCAACGUGUGGCGCUCGAUCGACGCCGAGCAGCCAGUGCGCGCGCAGCCGCUAGCCGUCCUGGACGCGUCCACGGUCGCAGCCGAGGACACGUUCACGUACGCGCUGGUGAUGGACGAGGCCGAGCCGCCCCUCGUCGGCUUCAACAACGGGGUUGGCUUCUCCGAGCGGCACGCCUGGUACUACUACCCGCACAUGCGGCACGAGGAGGCGCUGCUCUUCUACACGUACGACGGCACUGCGCCACUCGAGGGGCCGCGCCGCCGCGCAGGAGCAUCGAGUGCCGCUGCCUCGCGCUCUUCAGCUAGGCGGGCAGACGCGUGGAGCCCGUGCGCGAUCGCCGGCUGUACUGUGCCGUUCCACGAGGCUGGUACACCGCCUCUGUAGAGUGUAGUAGUGCUCACCACGGCGGGCGCACGGCGGCCGCAUGCGCGCCAGUCGGGGUGUCGGGGUGUCGCCCAGUCGUCUUGUGUGACCCUUCCUCCCCCACGUGCUGAUGAGCCGGCCUGGGUGGCCGGUGAGGCGUGCGUGGCCACGGUGAGAGGCGGCGUGCGGGUCCACAGUAGAAGGAGGCCCCGUUUUCGAGCCGAUGUACUCUAUACAUGUUCUGGUCA